AUGUACGACAUAAUAAAAUUGUCCCUUAUGGUUUUCUUGGCUAGUGAAAAACAAAAAAUGGCCUGUACAUUUGAGAUCCAAUUAGCUAUUACUCUCUCCUCCUUUGUGACCUUCUUCUGUGGACUCUUCAUCUUAUGCUUUUGCAGGAUACUCAUUACAGGCUUGAAAAAAUAUCGAUACUUCAAGGGAAGAAGAAUUCUAUGGGAACUACUCAGAAAUAAAAGCAUCAACAGCAGGCGUUUAAAAAGAUACCAUUUCCAGGGAAUCUUUCAUGAUCGGAUACAAAUGUUGCUUUCAGCACAGACUUUUGUGGGGCAAGUGCUGGUUAUCCUUGUCUUUGUACUAAGCAUUGGGUCUCUUAUAAUUUAUUUCAUCAACUCUACUGACCCUGUUGGAAGCUGUUCUUCAUAUGAAGACGAAACAAUUCCUGUUGACUUGAUUUUUAAUACUUUCUUUAGCUUCUAUUUUGGAUUGAGAUUUCUGGCAGCUGAUGACAAGGUCAAGUUCUGGUUGGAGAGGAAUUCGAUUGUAGACAUCUUUACCAUCCCACCAACCUUCAUUUCUUAUUAUUUGAAAAGCAAUUGGCUAGGUUUAAGGUUCUUAAGAGCGCUAAGGCUACUAGAACUCCCUCAAAUCUUGCAAAUUCUACAAGUCAUCAAAACCAGUAGCUUAGUGAAGUUUUCCAAACUCAUAUCAAUAAUUCUCAGUACGUGGUUCACUGCUGCAGGAUUCAUUCACCUGGUGGAAAAUUCUGGUGAUCCAUGGCUCAAAGGUAGAAAUUCACAGACUUUAUCUUACUUUGACUCAAUUUACUUGGUUGUGGCAACAACGUCAACUGUUGGCUUUGGAGAUGUGGUAGCCCGGACAUCCCUGGGACGGACCUUCAUCAUCUGCUUCACCCUUGCGAGUUUGAUACUAUUUGCAAAAUAUGUCCCUGAAAUUGUGGAACUUUUUGCUAACAAAAGGAAAUAUACUAAUUCCUAUGAAGUAGUCAAAGGGAAGAAGUUCAUCGUGGUCUGCGGAAACAUCACUGUUGACAGUGUGAAUGCUUUUCUGAGCAAUUUUCUCCGCCGUAAAUCAAGAAAAAUCACCACUGAGAUCGUGUUUCUGGGAGAGAACCCUCCUUCUUUGGAAUUGGAAGCCUUAUUUAAGUGCUAUAUGGCCUAUACAACUUUUGUUUUUGGAUCUGCAUUGAAGUGGGAGGAUCUGAAGCGAGUUGCGUUGGAAUAUGCAGAAGCAUGCCUGAUUAUCGCUAAUCCUUUGUGCAGUGAUUCAUAUGUUGAAGACACUUCGAACAUCAUGAGGGUGCUUUCUAUCAAGAACUAUUAUCCUCAGACCAGAAUCAUCAUACAGAUACUUCAGUCCCAUAACAAGGUUUAUUUGCCAAAGAUUCCCGGUUGGAAUUGGAAAGCUGGGGACAACAUAAUUUGCUUUGCUGAACUGAAGCUUGGAUUUAUCGCCCAAGGCUGCCUAGUACCGGGCUUGUGUACCUUUCUAACCUCUCUAUUUGUUGAACUCAACAAAAAGGUAACCUUUAGUCUGAUACUAAACCCAUCUGAACAAGUUAGGCUGUGUACGAAUACAAUAGGGUUCUUUAUUGCUGAAUCUGCAAAGGAAGUCAAAAGAGCCCUAUUUUACUGUUCCACCUGUCACAGUGAUGUGAAUACUCCUGAGAUAAUUGGAAAAUGUGGCUGCAAAUCCAAGAGCCAUCAUCAUAACAACACAGUCACUGUACCAAACAGAAGGGUAGUGGAGAAAGAAGUCCAGGGUAUAAGUAGUCAUUACCGGGGGUCAUUCUCACCCCCUUGCCCUAAAUGUUCUCCAACUAACUUUGCAUUCUUCCUAUUUAGGAUUUGUCUGUAUGAUAAUGACCACAGUGGUGAGCUACUAGAUAGCAGUGGCAUGUUUCACUGGUGCAAAUCAACCUCUUUGGACAAGGUGAUUCUGAAACGAUCUGACAAGAGAAAACAUAAAUUUCGAAACCACGUGGUAGCCUGUGUCUUUGGAGAUGCUCAUUCAACUCUGAUGGGACUUCGGAAUUUUGUAAUGCCUUUGAGAGCUAGCAACUAUACCCUGGAGGAGCUGAAGGACAUUGUAUUCAUUGGGUCUCUGGAUUACCUACAGAGAGAAUGGCAAUUUCUGCGGAAUUUCCCUCAGAUAUAUAUUUUGCCCGGAUCUGCACUCUUUUCUGGAGACCUCCAAGCAGCCAACAUAGAAGAAUGUUCCAUGUGUGCAGUCUUGGCCCCACCAUAUAAACAAUCAAGCAGUCAGACUCUGGUGGACACAGAGACCAUCAUGACCACUCUCAACAUUGGAUCCAUACGGAUUAGCUACUCUGCCCAGACACCUGCAGUGAUAGUGUUCUCAGAAAAGUUCAAGGAAAAUGGGCUUGUCCAGAAUUUAACUGGAUGUCUGAGGACCUCAAGACACCGAAGAAUUCCUAUCAUAACUGAACUGAAAAAUCCUUCCAAUGUCCACUUUAUUGAACAGCUUGGUGGAUUAAAAGGAAACCUUCCUGGAACAAACCUGCAUCUUAGCACUUCUUUUGCUACAGGAGCCGUCUUUUCAGGCAGCUUUUUGGACUCCCUUCUGGCCACAGCCUUCUACAACUAUCGUGUCCUGGAAUUACUUCAGGUGCUGGUGACAGGAGCGAUAAGUGCUCAGCUGGAACAACAUUUGGAUAAAGAAAAGCAGUAUGGGCUGACAGAGAACUGUACUACAUUCUUUUCUGCGAGAGCUCGGUGUAAACUGGGGCUUCUCUCCUUGAACAAUACCAUUUUAUCAGACAUUCAACCAAGAGACUCCUUUGGACAAGUGUUCUGUAGUUCAUUAAAGCAGUUUGGAAUCCUGUGCCUUGGCUUAUAUCGCAUGAUAGAUAAAGAAGAAUACAAUCCAGAACAUGAAAGGGGAGUAUACUAGUUUGUGAUUACGCGGCCAGCCAAAGAUUUUAAACUGCUGGCCUCAGAUCUGGUGUUUUGUGCUAUCCCGUUCAGCACUUCUUACUACAAAAAAAAUGAGUCUUCACCUCAACAAACAUAUGAAACUGUAAAUCAAAUUUCACCAAUGCAGAAGAAUGCUCCAAACUCAAAUAAUCUUAACUCAGCUGACAAGGGUACACCACAGUUCUGUGAAUCACCAGCCCUAUCUGUGAAUCAAGCGACUAGAGACUUUUCUACACCCAAGCCAACACCAUCAUCUAAGAGAUAG